AUGCAAUUCUCACUCGCCGUCCUCGCUGGCCUCGUCGCCAUCGCCUACGCAGAGAUCAACUGCUCCUGCACAGGCGCUCUGCAACUCUCGGUCCAAUGCUGCCCGCAAGCAUCCUUGUGGAGUGAGCCCCCCUCUCCUCACCACCCACCCCAAAUGACCCAAAGAGCUGUUCGACUAAUCACGGGACAUUCCACGCAGACGGCUACGAGUGCGAACUUAAGGGAGCCAGCCAGGCUGAUUACACGAAUUGUUGCAAGCCCGGCCCAUAUGGCGCCAACUGCAGAAACACGUAGAUGCAGAUGUGCACCACCUGUGUUCUAUGCCAGGGAGGCCAUGAUAGAAGCGAGGUGGCGGGUGGAGGGUGGAAGGUGGAAGGUGGAAGGUGGAAGGUGGAAGGUGGAGGGAUGA